CCGGAUCGAAGGCUGGACGACGCGACCGCGCGGCGGCGGCUCGACGCGACCGGUGGCUUUGACGCGACCGGCACGGCGGCGACGCACAGCCCGACGACGACCCUCCCCGCUGCCUUCUCCCCGGGCAUUUGCUGGAGCUGGAAGGCGGAAGCGUUCCCGUUGGAUUACUUCUUGGGCUGGAAAGAGUGAAAGACCCGGAUGCACUAAAUCCUGUCUUGGAACAGUUACGGCCCUGGAAUUGAUCCCAUGCUGCCGAACGGGCCCUAAGUUGGAACCUGUUCAGGCGGGGGGUCAGCUCGCAGCUGACUGGGGAUCCGGCACCGCAUCGCCAGACGCCAGGAGGGGACUAUCAGCCAUGGCAGCGAGGCAGCCGCCGCCUUCGUCCGCGUCCGCGCCCGCGCCCGCGGCGGGUCUCUCCAUGAAGGACUACCUCAAGAGGUACGUGUCGGGCCCAGGGACCGACGGCGACCAGAAGAGGGCGAAGAAGAAGACGAAGAAGAAGCCCAAGCCCGCCGGCGGGGUGCUCAUCGUCGACGAGGACCCAGUGUGGCAGAAGCCCGUGCAGGUGGACGAGGAGCCCGCGUCGUCAGGUGACGACAAGCCUCUGGUCGACGAGGACAUCGAGGUCAAGCGGAUGCGUCGCCUGGAGGCAAUACGCGCCGCAAGGCCGUACAAUGCUAUCGCCGAGGAUGGCAGCGGGUGGGUUACCGUGGCCGCCCCAGAGGAGCAGGGCGGUGGGUCCACCCACCAGCGCAGGAACGACACGCCGUUGCCAGAGCGGGGACGUGCUCCUACGAGGGAGGACCUUUCUCCUGUGCGGCGGAGGCAGCGGCGCGACACGCCCUCACCUGUGCAUGGCGAUGCUGCUGCAAAGGAUUUUUCACCACCUAGGCGGCCCUCACCUGUGCAUGGUGAUGCUGCUGCAAAGGAUUUUUCACCACCUAGGCGGAGGCAGCGGCGCAACACGCCCUCACCUGUGCAUGGCGAUGCUGCUGCAAAGGAUUUUUCACCACCUAGGCGGAGGCAGCGGCGCGACACGCCCUCACCUGUGCCGGACGGUGCUGCUGCAAAGGAUUUUUCACCACCUAGGCGGAGGCAGAGGCGUCAGGACACGCCAUCACCAAAGGACAGUGGUGCAGCGGACCAGGACGAUAUGUCACCACCGCGGAAGUCUAGGCAGAGAGAGGACCUUUCGCCGCCAAGGAAGGGUGCUCGUCAUAUCACUGAGGAGCCCCGGGAUAUCUCGCCACGAAAGAAGAGAGACAUUUCUCCCUCAAGGAAGAGUACAAAGGAAGGAGCCUCAAAACAGGUGAAGAAAUCUGGACUGAUGACAGCAGAAGAAGUUAAAGAGGACAUAAGAAAGAUUAAGGAGGCUGAGAUGAUUAAGUUUGCAUCACAGGAUCCUUCUCUGGUUGGGAAAGGGGCAAAGGCAGUAUUCAGAGAUAAGGAAGGAAGACGAAUAAGUGAAGAAGAAAUGUGCAAGGCAAAGGAACCUGAGAAGCCAAAGGAAAUACAUAUAGAAUGGGGUAAAGGGUUGGUUCAGAAACGAGAAGCUGAGUCUAGGUUGAAAGAGAUUGAAGCUGAGAAGAGUAAACCUUUUGCUCGAACAAGGGAUGAUCCUGAGCUUGAUAAUAUGCUAAAAGAAAGAAUCCGAUGGGGUGAUCCUAUGGCUCAUCUGGUCAAGCGGAAAGAUCCAGAAUUUAUUUUGGAAGACUUGGGAGAUGAUGAAAAGAUGAAAGAAUCUGGCUUCAUAGUACCCCAAAGUAUACCUACUCACAGCUGGCUGAAACGUGGAGUGGAUGCUCCUCCAAACCGCUAUGGCAUAAAACCCGGUCGUCAUUGGGAUGGCGUGGAUCGCAGUAAUGGAUUUGAGAAGGACAUGUUCAAGCUGAAGAACGAGAAGCAAGCAAUGGAGCAAGAAGCCUAUCUUUGGUCUGUCUCUGAUAUGUGAUCCCAACUGCUGCUCCUUACGAGAGGAAUACAGUUGUGUAAAGGAAGAACCAAUGGAAGACCUUUCAAACGAUUUUUUUUUCACUCUUCUUAUUACACAAAGUGACAUCACUGGUGAUGCUGCGCCGGAGUAGCCUGAAUAUUUUCCAGGAAAGCAUUUUCAGGAAUGCAGUUCAAUGAAGCUGCAUUACGUAUUUGUUGGAAAUCUGUUACUGCUGUACCAUUUGUCAUCCUUCACGUUUUGUAAUAUAGAUGAACGCACUGCAAGGUUUUGGAACAGUUCAAAAGAUGAGAUUUUAUAUUCACUUUCUGGUUUCCAUGUGU